AUGUCAAGAUUUUUGGGAAAUCUCUUUACUUUAUUCGUACCCUUCUGUUUCUUGUUGUCUAUAACAGCCGGUCAUCCAGAAGAGGAGAAUGAUGAUGCAAAAGAAAAAUUGUUACUUACUGUUGUGAGAAUAGAACAAGAGUAUGCUCAUCUCAAUACAGAGGUGUACAGAUCAAAUGUUGUUCAUUUUGUUACAGGCAUACCUUUAACAACACAAGUGGAUAAAAAAGUAUUCAAAGAAAGCCAUCACCAUAAAAAUUUUCCAGUGCCAGAAGCCAUUCAUGAAAGUCAAGUUACUGAUAUUUUUCAGAUUGGUUCCCUCUGUCACAUCAGCAAGAUGGGCUGCCAACAUUGGAUUGAAUAUAAACGAUUGUUUAUGAUCUCAAACUUCUUGUUAGUAACAAUGCUUCUUUGCCUGACUUCCUUUUUUCUGCCCUAUUGGUACAUUGUGGACUUUUAUCCUCAACAAAAUAAAACAGUUACUACCACCAGACCAGCCAUUUCCAUCAACCAGCCAACCACAACCACUGUCAGUACUAUCUCCAGCUCUACCCCACUCAGCACAACUUCAAAUAUCUUUGGUCGAAGAAGAAAACGAGAAGCACUAUUUGAGCAAAUAUUUAGAAAGAACUUUUUGAGUCGAAGGAAGAGGCAGGCAAUUAAUCGAGGCAAAAUAUUUGAUGACCUUGUUAUUCCCAAGGUUCAUGUUGGUCUUUUCUAUAUGCUGUAUCCUUAUGCUGACUUCAUGAAACUUGAAAUUCUGAAUACCAAGAUGGUGUCUCUUAUUCACCUGGAAAAGAACUCUCCAGAUUUUGUGGUUCCAAAAAUAAUGUAUAUAGCACAAAUAUUCUAUUCAUUUGGAAUGUUGGGUUUGACAAUAAGUACUGCAACUAUUUUCAUCUUGGCCUGUCGUAAGUACAGUUCUGUAGUUGGGGAAAUUGCCCUUGGUGGAACUCUAAUGUUUUCAACUCUCAUGUUAAUUGUGGGUGUUAUCCUGGCAGGCAUCCACAAAGAAGGUCCUCUUUUUGCCAUUUUAUGUACAGUGCUUACCUGGUCACAAGCCUGUUCCACUUGCAUGGAUGUUGAAGAAAUUCGCAAGCAACAAAUGAAAGAGAUUAUUGCACCUGACAUAGCAUACCAACCUUUGGUUACUGAAAAUCCUUACAAAACAGGUCAUGACAACAGGAACCUGAGUCCAGAUACCAAUAUUAUGAGAGCUCAUCAGGAAAAGGCCAGGGAAGCUGGUAUAAGUGAAGAAUUUUCCAUUUAA